AUGCAAGCUUUAUCAAAGGUUUCUUGGAAUACUGGUGGAAUGGGAAGGGUCUGGACUUCAUUAUUCUACUCCUUGCUUCAGACUUGGCUGUGCUGCUUAGUAGUAAUUUCACCUCAGGGGCAGGUCUUCGAGAAUUUGAAUCACCUACACAUGGAGCACAAAGAUGAUGACGAUGAUGAUGUGUCUUUCGCCAAAUGGAUGAGCAGCUUCUGGGGUCACGGCUGGAUAGAAGAGAAUGGGAGAGGACUCCGGGACCACCACGGAUCACAAGAUGCCACUUACAGGAAAACCUCCCUGCCCUGCCCAUUUCCUGUGCUUCCCAGAAUCACAUCAUCUGACAGCCGUCCCAGAAGGCAUUCUCAUGAGGACGAGGGAUUUCGAUGCCAUACCCACAUGCUGGAUUACAGAAAAUGUUCAGUGGAUGAGUCAUUCAAGGAGCCACUGGAAUCAAAAGGAAGCUCCCGUUCCAAAAUUCAAGCAUUUUCAGAGUCCUUUGAACAGGAACUGUGCUUUAGAACCAAACGCUCUGUCUCUUUGGGACCUGAGAGCAGAAAGGAGAGAAGCAAAAGGGAAUGCCUGAGGAUGGAGAUGAAAUCUCAAAAGAAAGUGGAGGAAAGAAGGAACCCUAGGAAGGAAGAACAUGGAGAAGCAUAUAUGCCCCCCUUGCUUGAAAAAGAUCCCAAAUAGUAUUUUGUUUCCACAUCAUGUCUCCAGAUGCCACUGUGGUUUUCGGGCCCCAGUACGCCAGGCCAGGUAGUGGUAGCGGUGAAGGAGUGCCCACAGAGGCUGAGUGACUGCAGGGGGCAGUCGGUGCCUCUGCUCCCCCACAUGACUCACACCCAACUCUGACUGCUUCUGAUGUCUUAGUUGAGAGUGUGAUCUGCUCUGUUGUCCUUUUAUGGGACUAAGGAGAAUGACAGGUAUUUUAAUAGAAUAAGUUAUUCUUAAAAAUGUAAAGAAAGAUAUUUAAAGAGCCACCCACCCAUCUUCACUAACUCUUCUUCCGCAUCAACCUUGCAAAUAAUUUUAAAUAAAAGUCAUUGAUGUGACUCUAAGUUUACUUCUUUUUCAGAAGUAAUAAUGUAAGUAUGUCUAAUGGCCGUCAUUUAAUGAGAACUGGUAAUUAACACGCCAGGUACUAUGCCGAGUUCUUCAAUGCCUUACCUAAAAUAAUCCUCACUACUCUGAGGUGGGACCUAUUCUUUUCACUUGCUAGCUGAGGAAAUGGAAAUUUAGGCACGUCCAGGAACUUAUCGGUGAGGUGGCAGAGUUAGGGCCAGAGCCCAGUUCAUUGUGACUCAUGGUCCUAACCUGAGGCAGGACCUUCAUUUCCCUUUAGCUCUGGCUCCUAACCUGGUGUUUGUGUGUGUGAUGUACAUGGAAUGAGUGUAUGUAAAUGAGAAAAGCAGGAGAUGGGAGGAGCUUAUGCUAAUGACUUUUACACGGGUGGAGACUGAUUUUUCUGAGGUCAGCUUUAUGCUCUGGGUUUUAACUUUAUGAGACCAUAUUCUUAUUUAUUUAUUUUUAUUUUAUAUUGAGACAUAACUGACAUACAAUGUCAUAUUAGUCUCAGGUGUACAACAUAAUGAUUUGAUAUUUUUAAUAUAUUGUGAUAUUAUCACCACAAUAAUUCUAGUUAACAUCCAUUGUCACACAUAGUUACAAAAUUUUUUUCUUGUGAUAAGAACUUUUAAAAUCUACUCUCUUAGCAACCUGCAGAUAUAAUACACUAUUACUAGCUAUAGUCACCAUGCUUACCUUAUAUCCCAUGACUUAUUUAAAAAAUAUGGAACGCUUCAUAAAUUCACGUGUCAUCCUUAUGCAGAGGCCAUGCUAACCUCUGUAUCCUUCCAAUUUUAGUGUAUGUGUUGCUGAAGUGAGUACUUCUCUUGUUUCUUAAUUUUCAGCUUUAUUGA